GCAGGUGCUGAAGGACAACAGCUGGGGUGUGUGGUGUGUGAUCAUGGCCGAUGGGAAGGGACUAACAACCGGACCAGACCCUGUGGAGUGUGCCAAGGACGGGCUCAACACAUUUGAGCGACAGGGCGUCAGGAAGUACUGGAUCACCGUGCCCACGAAAUGUGCCGAUGUGGCGAAUAUGUAA